AUGGAUAUCUCCCGAGUUAUCAAACCCUGGAAGCCCAACCCUCAAAGAAAUUUGGUCUUUGUAAAUGCCACCAUUGUUGACCCAGCUGAGGGCAAACUGAUCCAGAAUGCUACAGUCCACAUCUCAGAAGGCAAGAUCAUUCAAAUCAUCACAGAUGGCUCGACUACCACAACAAAUGGCCUCCCCGAAGAAAAUGUGAUCGACCUGAGCGGAAAAUACCUGUGUCCGGGUCUGAUCGAUUGCCAUGUCCACAUCGCAGUCGUUCCCGGCGAAGUAAAUCUACAGGCCUACAAAGAGAUGAGCGAGCAGGUCAGUCUCCUGCGACAGCCAUACGUGCUCAAAUCCAUGCUAGACCGCGGCUUCACAUCAAUCCGGGACUGCGGCGGCGCAAGCCUCGCGAUCAAGGAAGCUGUUGAGGACGGCGUGAUCCCGGGUCCACGUCUGUUCAUCGCUGGGCACGCACUCUCCCAAACUGGUGGACACGGCGACCUGCGCGGGUCCCACGACACGCAGAUCUGCUGCGGCGGUUCUAUCUCAGGAAUCAGCAGGACUGUCGACAGCCCAGCGGAGUGCUACAGGUAUGCACGUGAGGAGCUGCGCCAGGGAGCGGACUUUAUCAAGAUCAUGGGGGGUGGCGGUGUUGCCAGCCCCACGGAUCGUAUUGAGCAUGUGCAGUUCUCAGAUGAGGAGAUUAGGGCUAUUGUCACUGUUGCACGGAACGCAGGUACAUAUGUCACGAGUCAUAGCUACACGCCACGGGCGAUUCAGCAGGCUAUCAAGCUUGGAGUGCGCGGUAUAGAGCAUGGUAAUCUUAUUGAUCUUGAGACGGCGGAGAUGAUGUCUGAAAUGGAUGUUUUCUUAACUCCGACGCUCAUUACGCAUGUCAUGUCCAAGCAGAUGAAUUUCCUGUCUGCUGAUGGCGCUGCUAAGAAUGAGGAGGUUCUUGAGAAGGGAUUAGAGACAAUGAAGAUGGCCGUGGAUGCGGGGGUGACCGUCUGCUUUGGGACUGAUCUUCUUGGACCAAUGCAUUUUGCUCAGAGCAAGGAGUUCUCGGUGCGCAGUUCUGUCUUGACUCCAUUGCAAAUUCUGCGCAGUGCUACUGUCAAUGCUGCUCGUCUUGUUAUGCAGGAACAUAGGUUGGGUCAAGUUCGUGAGGGAUUUAUGGCAGAUUUCUUGAUCUUGAAGGGAAAUCCGUUAAAGGAUAUCACUAUUCUAGAUCGAGUGGAGGAGCACAUUCUAGCUGUGAUCAAGGAUGGGAGGGUUGCCACUUCACGGUGGGACAAAAUCAAAGUGGAUUGUUGA